AUGGCCGACCGUGCAUCCCGCUGGGACGCCCCCUCUUCCUCCUCCAGCGCCGCACCCGCCGCGGCUGGCGGUUCCACCCCGGACACCAAACCCUCCGACGCAGCCAUCACCGCCGCCGCUGCUAUCGCUGCCAAGAUCGCCGCGAGUCUGAGGCCGGGCGUAGCGGGCAAUGAAUUGAUGAGGCGGGAGAAGGAGGAAGGGGACUUUGUGCGGGAUAUCGAGAUUAACGAUUUGAGAAAUCGAUAUUUGUUGACAAAGGGGCCGACGCAGAAGCAGAUCGAAGAGGAGACCGGCGCCGUGAUAACCACCAAAGGUGUCUGGAUUCCCGACCGCUCCAAGCUCAUGCCGGGCGAAACCCCGCUCUACCUCCACAUCGUCGCCAACUCCCAAGUCGUGCUCGACAAUGCCGUCGCCAAGGUCAAUGAAUUGAUCGACCAGGACCUCGGACCGCUCCUCGACCCGAGGACGAUGGCGGCGCGGAACAGGGCGUUGGGGCUGCCGCCACCAGAAGGGUGGUUGCCUGGUGGGAGGGUCAAGUGGCCCGAGGCGAAAUUGCCUAUUGGGCUGGAGAGUCUGAGGAAUUUUAAUGUUCGGGCGAAGACGGUGGGGCCGGGGGGUAUGUUUGUCAAGUACAUCCAAGCCGAGACUGGUGCGAGGGUGCAGAUCAAGGGUAUGGGAUCAGGCUUCAUGGAGGCCGAUACCGGCAGAGAAGCAGAGGAGCCCAUGCACAUUAACGUUGCGGCACCUAAUCAGGACCAAGUUGACCGGGCUCGACAACUGGCAGAAGACCUCCUCGUCGUCCUGCGGAUAGAAUACCAGAAGGCACGAGACGGGACGGCUGGGGGCGGUGCGCCGGGUGUAUACCAGCCAGGAUCGGGAAGUUAUGCGGCUACGAACAAUGGACCGGACUAUGCUGCGUACUACCAGCAACAAGCGCAAGCGCAGUAUCAGCCCACCCCGCCGCAAGCGGGCCAGACUCCGGCGGUCGGCGGUCAGACGCCCGCGGGCGGUGCGGGUGCGGGACAGGUCAUGCCCCAGCCGGGAACGGAGGCGUAUGCGCAGUUCGCGGCGUACUGGGCGCAGUAUGGGUACAGUGUCGAGGACCAGCAGUUCAAGGACUGGUUUGCAAGUCAGUAUGGGCAGCAGGUACCGGCGGCGCAGUAG